GGUCUGUUCUCUUUAGAAUAUAGUCGAAAUUACCUGUUUGGCAUUAGAGACAGACUUGCAUCGAUUGCGCAAAAUUGUCAAUCACUCACUUGAUUUUCCGCUGAAAAGCACUAUCCGCUGAUGUUUCCAGGGGCACAUCACCUCCGAAGAGAGUCUGACAGCGACCGUUACACUCAGAUAGAGCACUAUAUGGGUAAUCAUUUCCAAACAUGGCAAAAUCGGUCCGCAAUGGUUUGAAGGCGAUAACGAGAGGACUCAAACUGUGAAUAAUUAUGUAACGUUCCGCCAUGGUGCCGGAAAAGCUCUGAAUAUUAAUUGGACGAUGUGUAUAGAGAUUGAUCGAGAUUACCAGUGGUUCCAGCAUGACAAUACGAUCCCCUACACAUCAAAUCACAUCCUUGACUGAUUGAGAGAGAAAAUUCGAGAAAGUCUGAUCAGCAGUGGCGUCGAGUGGGCACCUCUUUCAUCGGACUUGAACCCCCUACGUUUUUAUCUUUAAUAAAGGGUAUUCGAAGGAUAAUGUAGAUCAAAACAAUCCUCAAACAAUUGGUAAAGUCAAGGUUGCUAUUGCAACAGAAUCCGCUGAAAACCCAUAUAGAAUUGUACGCGAGUGAUUGAAAAUUUAACGCAAAGGACGCAGUCUGUCUCCAACGCCAAGGACGGCAUUUGGAACAUUUUCGAGAACAUAACUUUUGAGCGCAAUGUCCUAGAUUACUGAAACUUUUGGGUACAAUUAUACAACAAACAAAAGUUCAAGUGUAGUCAAAAUUAAAUAUUUACCCCUUAUUCCGUAGAGUACGGUAAUUAAGAAAUUUCUAGGUUCCGCUUGGGUUACCCUGCAUAUGCGAACAUUCUUCUGAAAUCAUUUUGUUUAAGUAUUCCCUGGUAUUGUUUAAUAAUAUUUUCCAACAUAUAUAUAUAAUUAUCUGUAAUUUUACAGUAUUCCUACUCAUUGUAAACUUUGCGAGUAAUGUGAGCAAUGCGAUACAGUCAGUUAAUUUUCAGAUGUACAAAAGGCAAUAUUGAUGAAUUGCUGUAUUCGAAUUUUCUACCUCUUGUCAUUAUUAUGUUGAAUUCAUAGCACAAUUUUUGUAAUAAUUACAAAAUGUAUUGUUGUAAAUGAAAAAAUUCAUAAACCCUCAUGGUAAAAUCUUUAUCAUUUCUUAAAUUUGGAAACAUCAACGCUAAAACAAAAUACUGAUUCGUAUAAUGUAUGAAAUAUUUCUGCGUGUUACUAGACAGCAUAUUUAUAUACAAUGCAAGUCAAAUAUAUUUUCCGGACGUUAUUUUAGUUAUUUUUUCACAUGGAAAUUUGAUUUAAAGAAGUCGGUACGGCACAGUUUAUAAACUUUAGUUUGCCUAAGUUUAUUCAACAUAAUCUCAUGAAACAAUAGACAGCAAGUGUGAUUAGGGUUUAAAUUUCUUCAAAGGGUAUUUUAAUGCUCGUUCCUCUUACGUAAUUGCGCAUGAAGUCAUCAACCGCAUUGUACAACGCGUAACAUCACGUAUACCAUUUCUUUAUCAGGAAGUUAUAGUUAAGUUAAAUAGCCUGAGACACCAUGGGCAGUCUAAGUUUAUUUUGUAUUUCGUUACAUAUCGGCGGUGUUAAGUUUUAUAAAAUUGUAUUCUAGAGGUAGAUCUAACUAUGAUAUUAUUACACAUAUCAUUUGUCUUUCUGAUGCUUAGUAUACUGAUGAUUCAAGAAGCUAAAGGUCGAUAUUGUCAAUGGCACAUGGAAUGCCCAAUUGGAAGACGUUGCUGCUCCUCUAAUGCCUGUUGUUCGAAAGCAGAAUAUGAUGUAGAAGUAAAAGAAAAAUUUCAUCGUACAGAGACACAAAUCAUUAUUAUAAGCGUUUGUAUUCCUGUUGGAGUAAUUGGAAUGUGCUGUUUUUGUUGGUUCUGUUGUAAAAAGAAACGUUCUCCUACAACUCAAAACAACGGAGGGAAUCAAACUGGUCAAAUACCGACAAUUUCUCUGGCGUUAGAUUUGGAGAAUCCAGAAGUGAAUUACUUUGAUGACGAACCUCCUGAAUAUGGAUCCUGGUAUUCAGAAGAUGGAGAAGACAAAACGGGAACGGAUCUCAUUCCAAUGUUUAUUUUACCUGACUAUGAUUCUUUGCAACGGACAACGGAAUCAUCUAAUGCGGGGGUAGAAUCUGCAGAAACCUGACCUGAUAUAGGGGGUGAAUACAAGUGAUAAAUAAUCGAUUUCCAGCGCGGAGUUAAAACACGAAGAAUUAGGCUCCAACGCCUGCGUUGCCAAGGCACAACUUCGCGCGCGGCAGGGCGUGAUUUACCGCAGUUCGUGUCUAACUGUGUACACUAGUUUUCAUACAAAUAUCGAAAUUAAACAUGUUGCGAAAGAAAUUCACUGCCUGCCUUACAUUUUAUUUUUAAAGUUUUUACACUGUUAUAAUAUUUUAUUUAUAUUUUUUGCUUUUUAAUUCAUUAAAAGUUUUUAACUUAACACCAUUUCAAUCAACGACUUAGUGGUGGAGAAUGCAAUGCAAAAAUUGAAAGGUGAUGUUAAAUGAAAUAAUAGAAUAUUUGUUUAUACUUUUGCUCACAUUGUUCAGCAUAUGCAUAUGAAUCGCCAAGUUUCGAUGCAACCGAUCUAAUUUUAUAGACAGUAUUUAUAUUUUUCAUUUUCUAUUACGUCAUACAUAAAUCACUACACGUAUUAUUAAAAAUAGAUAAUGUAUGUAACCAAUACUUGUUCCAGCUUUCUCUAUUUUUAUUUUGCGUAACUCCAUACGUAACAAGCCUUGUACGCUUUUAUAGUUAUUUUCAUACCCUGCCAUCUAAUUAUUGAUAGUUGGUUGACAUUUUAGUCUUAACUUAAAAUACGCAUCAUAUUUAUAAAUACAAUCGACAUGCAACCAGUAAACAUUUUUGUACUUUUGGUGCUAUAGUAGGACAAAUGCAUAUUUUUCCUAAACAAUUUCUCAGUUUUUCCUUAGUAUUAAUAAAUGUUUUUUUUUUCAUUGAAAUAUCCACAUUCCACAAUAGCACCCAAAACAGCAUAGUAGCGAUUUAUGUCUGUACAAGGUACAAGUGAAAAUAUUUUCCACGAUAGCGGACAGUCUUAGCGCUAUAUAUGCGGCCUAACCAAGGUCGCUGCCCAAAAUAGAAACAACGGGUCGUUUCCACAAUAGGUAACCACUAGGACCUACCUACCUUGUGCUGUUUACAUUAUUGGUAAUCCGAUUAAGUUAACAACGCAACAUUGGGGGUGUUGUUGCUGUUGUGAAAAAUUAUUCCUCCUCGACAACUGAUGGACCAAUCGAUUUCCGUUUUUCAUAUUCACGAGGAAAAUAGGCUAGUCGAUAUUUUUUACAAAUUACCGACCAACCAAAAUUUUCUUUUUAUUUUAACUCAUAGUCUAUUUUAACUUAUAUAUUUAAACAAUUAUAUAGAACGUUCGACAUUCGUGUCUAUACAUUAUAGGAUUGGAGUUAUGCUCAUUGAUGAUGGAUAAAUAGAAAAACUUACAAAUACCGAG